AUAUAUAUAUAUACACACACACACACAAUUGCUGCAACAUAAUCAUGAUAGAUUCCAUAAAUUAAAAAGAGAGAGAGAGAGAGAGAGAGAGGAAGAAAAAACAGAGCAAUGGAGGUGGAGAAAAAAGUGAAGAACAAUGCAGAGGAUGAGCCCAAGGUUGUGUACAGAGGAUGGAAAGUCAUGCCCUUCAUCAUCGGAAAUGAAACAUUUGAGAAGCUUGGAAUAGUCGGAAGCUCGUCGAAUCUCGUCAUAUACCUGUCGACAGUGUUCAACAUGAAGAGCAUCACCGCUGCGAAGGCCGUCAACAUUUACGGCGGCACCAGCAAUUUCGGAACCAUCAUCGCCGCCUUUCUCUGCGACACUUACUUCGGCCGCUACAAGACUCUUAGCUUCGCAAUGAUCGCUUGUUUCCUCGGCUCGAUUGCGAUGGAUCUGACCGCAAUUAUUCAUAUACUCCAUCCCGCGAAAUGUGCUAAAGAGCUCGGAAGCGUGUGCAAAGGGCCAACGGGUGGGCAGAUAGCGUUUCUCGGGUUCGCUAUGAUCCUGCUUGUGAUUGGAGCGGGCGGCAUCCGGCCGUGCAAUUUGCCCUUUGGAGCCGAUCAAUUUGAUCCGAACACGAAAGCGGGUAAGCGUGGAAUAAACAGUUUCUUCAACUGGUAUUUCUUCACAUUCACAUUCGCUCAGAUGGUGUCGCUGACACUCAUCGUGUACGUCCAAUCCAAUGUGAGUUGGAGCAUCGGCUUGGCGCUCCCUGCCAUUCUCAUGUUUCUCGGUUGCGUUAUCUUCUUUGCGGGUUCGAAGCUAUACGUCAAGGUGAAACCUAGCGGCAGUCCUGUCCUCGGCAUAACCCGGGUUCUCGUAGCCGCGAUCAAGAAAGCUCGGUUGAAGCCCGUUCCCGAGCCCUCUGUCCACCUUUACAACUACAUCCCUCAAGAUUUUGCGAACUCGAAGCUUGCCCACACAGAUCAGUUCAGAUGCCUUGACAAAGCGGCGAUCUUGACACCGGACGACAAGGUGGCUCCGGAUGGAUCUCCUGCCGAUCCAUGGAGACUUUGCAGUAUGCAACAGGUGGAAGAAGUGAAAUGUGUGGUCCGAGUUCUUCCUAUAUGGAUCUCGGCUUCGUUCUUUUACUUAGCUUACAUCCAACAAACGACGUAUACAAUCUUCCAAGCCCUUCAAUCCGACAGACAUUUAGGUUCUGGAAGCUUCCAGAUCCCGGCUGCUACCUACACCGUGUUCUUGAUGUUGGGACUGACAGUUUUCAUCCCUAUAUACGACCGUGUUCUCGUCCCGUUCCUCACAAGAAUCACGGGGAAAGAAGGCGGUAUAACACUCCUCCAGAGAGUGGGCAUAGGCCUGGUUUUGUGCAUAGGGGGCAUGUUGGUAUCGGCAUUCGUGGAAGAACGUAGAAGAACGAUAGCUCUCACCAGGCCAACCCUCGGGAUCGUCCCGAGGAAAGGCGAGAUCUCCUCGUUAUCGAGCAUGUGGCUGAUUCCGCAGCUCGCACUGAUGGGAAUCGCGGAAGCAUUCGCGGGCGUUGGCCAGAUGGAGUUCUACUACAAACAGUUUCCCGAAAACAUGAGAAGUUUCGCGGGAUCGCUGUACUACUGCGGGAUCGGGAUCUCGAGCUACUUGAGCACGUUUCUGAUAUCGAUCGUCAAUGAUAAAACCGAGAAGGCGGCGUCGGGGGAUUGGCUUCCCGAAGAUCUGAACAAGGGAAAGCUCGACUAUUUCUACUUCUUGGUUUCAGGGUUGAUGGCUGUAAACUUGGGUUACUUCUUGCUGGUUUCGUAUUGGUACCGUUACAAGGAUGUUCCGAAGGAGAAGUCAAACCAAGUCAACGGAGAGACUGAGGAGUCUGUCUGAAGAGUUAUUUUAGUUUUGGGGUUUCAUUUAUAAAACGUACCUUACACACAAAACAAAAAAAGGUUCUUUAUGCAUAUAAAUAUAUAAGAUGGUUGUGACAAAUAAACCAUACGAUAUGAAUUAUAAGAUAUUUUAUAAUCAUAUAUAAAGCUAUGAGAACUUAGUCUA